UGGCUGGGAAGUGAUGGAGCCCGAGGCCGGCGACCACGGCCUGGCCUUCCGCAGUCUCCACAGAGGCUCCGGCGAGAUGAAGCUACGGAAGAGGAAGUCCACGCUGUACGUGAAUACGCAGGAGAAGCGCUCUCAGCGCGGCGGUCUUCUUGGAGAAAGCAUUUACCUGGUCUUGUUUACCGUUGCUCUGCGAAUACUUAAUUGCUUCCUAGUGCAAACAAGUUUUGUUCCUGAUGAAUACUGGCAGUCUCUUGAAGUUGCACACCACAUGGUCUUCAGUUAUGGUUAUCUGACCUGGGAAUGGACAGAGAGACUGAGGGGCUACACUUACCCCCUCAUCUUUGCGAGCAUUUACAAGAUUCUGCAUCUUUUGGGGAAAGACAGUGUUCAAUUGCUGAUCUGGAUUCCCAGACUGGGCCAAGCUCUUCUCUCUGCUGUAGCGGAUGUCAGGCUGUACUCGCUCCUGAAGCAUGUGGGAAACCAGGAAGUGGCACGGUGGGUGUUUUUUUGCCAGCUGUGCUCCUGGUUCACGUGGUACUGCUGCACCCGAACCCUCACGAACACCACGGAGACUGCCCUCACUGCAAUUGCCCUCUUCUACUAUCCCCUGGAAGGCUCGAGGUCCAUGAACAGUGUCAAGUACGCACUCCUGGUGGCACUUGCUUGCAUAGUCCGCCCCACAGCGCUCAUCCCGUGGGUGCCGUUACUCUUCAGCCAUUUCUACCAAGAGCAGAGAAAGCGCCAUCUGACCCUGCAUCACUUUUUACCUGUAGGACUUAUAACCUUCAGUUUGUCUCUGAUAAUUGAUCGCAUCUUUUUUGGCCAAUGGACGUUGGUCCAAUUUAAUUUCUUGAAAUUUAACGUGCUGCAGAAUUUGGGGACAUUUUAUGGCUCUCAUCCAUGGCACUGGUACUUCAGUCAAGGGUUUCCAGUUGUCCUGGGAACCCACUUACCCUUCUUCAUCCACGGCUGCUUCCUGGCCCCAAGGAGGCUGCACAUACUACUGCUGACCGUGCUGUGGACUCUGCUGGUGUACAGCGUGUUGGGCCACAAAGAAUUCAGGUUUAUCUAUCCAGUUUUACCAUUUUGCAUGGUGUUCUGUGGAUACUCACUAGCCCACUUGAAGGCGUGGCGGAAGGCAGCGCUGAGUUUCCUGCUUUUGUCAAAUAUGCUGCUGGCUCUCUAUACUGGCCUAGUUCACCAGAGGGGCACUCUGGAUGUCAUGAGUCACAUUCAGCAAAUCUGCCCCAGAGGUCCCGACCCAGCUUCAGCCUCCGUGUUCAUCAUGAUGCCUUGCCACUCCACUCCUUACUACAGCCACGUUCACUGCCCACUGUCCAUGCGGUUUCUCCAGUGUCCUCCAGACCUGACUGGAAAAUCCCAGUAUCUUGAUGAAGCAGAUAUGUUCUACCUAAAUCCCUUAAGCUGGCUACAACAAGAGUUUCGAAGCAAUGCAUCUCUCCCCACUCACUUGGUCACCUUCAGUGUUCUGGAGAAGGAGAUCCGCGCCUUCCUCACUUCAGGGAGCUAUGAGAGGACCGCUAUUGUCUUCCAUACGCACUGGCCAGAGGGUCGGACUGGAAGUCACAUACAUGUCUAUGAACGACGGUUACACGGCAGCGUCGCCACAGGAGGGAAUGAACUGUGAGGACGGCUGCAGAGAUGCUCAGGGGAACUUCAAGUGAUUCGGGAAAUGAAGAGGAAGCCACUUGGGGGCGGCUGUAUCAUCUACUGUACCAAGGCAUUCUGAGAAAACACUAGUACGACGCCAGAUUUGACAGAGACCUUUAGUUUUCCUCACGGUGCAGUUUAUUGUUCUUCCAGUGUUCAGGUGUGCAAGAGCGUUCACAAGAACAAGUCAGCAAGCUCUUCACAAGCCAAUGGGCUCUUGAUCCCACAGAGAGACAAAAGCGUGAGAGUAGAACACACGUUAGAGGGGGUCCUUGUCUCAGCUCAUUCCUCAAGCCAUACUGCACACCAAGAUGGCGGCACUUCCUGCCCUGUAUGAGCUGAGCUCAGCUACUGAAACCAAGCCUUGUUUCAUGCACAGAGUAUUUCAUGCCUGGCUUCCUUAAUAAAACUACUUUUUUUUUUCCCAGAGCAAAAAAAAAAAAAAAGUUUUUAACAAACCUAA